CCCACACGCACUCGCAAAAUUAUCCAGAUGAAGCCCAAGACGCAAAGUCCGCCAAAGCCGACCGCAGCAGCCAACAAAGCAUCCGCAAAAGAGAAUGGCAAAACGCCAGCAAAUAAUGGAGCCUCAACAAAUUCCAAAAAGAAACAACCCAGCGCAACUAGUGCAGCGGGCCGAAAGAUUGCUAGAAAAACAGCUCACAGUUUGAUCGAACGGCGGCGGAGGUCUAAAAUGAAUGAAGAAUUUGGAACCCUGAAAGACAUGAUCCCGGCGUGCAAAGGACAGGAUAUGCACAAACUCGCCAUUUUACAGGCAAGUAUUGAUUACGUCAAUUACCUGGAACAAUGUAUACUCGAUCUGAAAACUGCCGGUAAUCGACACACAAUUGCCUCGCCGCGAAUGCCUCCUGCCCCUCCUUCACCAACGUCUCCGGAGGCUCUGGCGGAAGAGUCGGGCCUUUCAUCGGCUUCCGUGUCUCCGGAACUACUUCCCACCGAUGCUGCCACGGAUGCAAUCUCCCCAGUGUUCUCUCCCCGAAGUGGUGGUCCUACCGGGAAUGCACCCAAUUUUUCGUCCAUCACACCAAGCCCGGCACUGGGCCCAACCCACCCAACCGACAAUCCGUCCCGCUCUGAGCGUGGCUCAUGGGCUAUGUCUUCUUCCAGCACCUCCCCAGUGAUCCAGCCUAGGUAUUCCAUGGCGUCUUCUGCGGAUGUGGAUCACGAAGCCUCCGCUGCCCUACUAAUGCUGAACCGGGACUGCCGGGGAUCUGUCGGCUCGGUCCACGACGUGCCCACCAAUUCCACUACCCGGCAUGGGAAUCCCCCCACCCAGGACCCACAAAGGAAGAUCGGGAUGAGCGUUAAGGACUUGCUUAUUUCCUAGGGGUGAUGGUGGCCGGCUCUCUCGUUUCACCUUUUUCACAGUCACUCAUGAUGUCUCCUUUGUAAGGUACGGGGAUCAAUUGGCGUGCGAAAUUUCGAUAUCAUGAACUAGUAAUGAACGGUUUGGCCCGGUGCUGUUGGUUUUUGCUUUUCGUUGGUACUCUGGGCACUUCAGGUCAUCGUUUCAGGUAGGCGGGCUGGUCCAAUGCGAGUUAACGGUUAUUGUUAUGUUUUGAGCGCGGGCUUUGUCUUUAAGAUAAUCCCAUUUUGAUUUGCCUGGCAAUGUAUUAUGGAACGAUUGUCUGCAAGUCUGCCAUGUU